AUGGCAGCGGUGGAUCCCAGGCUCUUGCCGCAACGAGUUCGAUAUGCGGCUCUCCUCACCGUCAAUGUGUACGUCUUCAUGGGGAACAUGUACGGAUCGGGCAUUACCACCGGAUUUGAAUCACUUGGGAUGUAUUUCCAUGCUAGUAAUGACCAACUGUCUGCCCUGGUCUCGUACUCGGUGCUAGCCAUGGGUCUCGCCAAUCUUCUGUGGAUGCCUCUUGCACUGUGCUUUGGAAAACGCCCAGUUGUACUGUUCACUAUGGUCAUGUUCCUGUGUGGUCUCAUCUGGAGCUCUGUCGCUCAGACUUAUAACAGUCUGCUCGCGGCACGAGUCUUUGCCAGCUUUGGUUAUGGCGGUAUCGAAUCUCUUGGACCUAGCAUCCUCGCGGACCUUUUCUUUGAGCGCAACUAUGCCAGCGCCAUGGCAGCAUACGCGGCCUUCUUGUCUGGCGGGUCACAAAUCGGACCCGUGAUCGCAGGCUACCUGAUCGGGGCUCGUGGCUGGCGUUGGUUCUUCAUCCUCUGCGCUAUACUCGCCGCGGUCAACCUCGUGACCACGUUCUUCAUGCUUCCCGAAACGAUCUACGAGCGGGAUGAAGUCGACGACCAUGAAGUCCACGAAGACGCAGAGAAAAACAUCAAGAGCCAUUUAGAAAGUGUUCAAAGCAGAUCCCAGGCCGGAGACCGAGCGAAGAUGAACUACGGCGAUUAUUUCAAGGGCCUCUUCACGAUGGGCAUCACCGAGGAGGCGAAGAAGAACGGCGUCGUGAAACACUUUUUCUAUCUUCUGGUCCUUCCACUCCCGCUCCUGCUCGUACCAGGUGUUUUGAUCGCUUCGAUCAUGUACGGUGUCAUUCUUGGCGGAAUCGUCACCAUGUCCACCAUCAUCCCCGCCGUACUCUCUCCACCCCCCUACCUCUUCUCAUCCGCCCAGCUCGGCCUCUUCAUGCUAAGCAGUUUCAUUGGAGUCGUCAUCGCAUGGCCCAUCGCCGGCCCCUUGACCGAUCUUCUCUCCCGCUGGAUGCGCAAACGCAACAACAACAUGCAUAAGCCCGAGCACCGUAUCCCCGCCCUCAUCAUCCCCUUCCUGAUCUGUCCCAUCGGCCUCGUCAUCUUCGGCUUGGCAUUCGCUCGACACGAGUCCUUCGUCACGGCAGCCGUUGGUCAGGCAAUCUCCGCGGCGGGACUCACAUUGGUUCCAUCGGUGAUGUUGUCGUAUGUGGUCGAUGCGUAUCCGCGCGUGAGCGGAGAGGCGCUGGUUCUGGUCAAUGCCUCGAAGAACGUGGUGGCAUUUGGCUUGUCGAAGGGUGCAUAUGCAUGGUUGGCCAAGGAGGGCAUUGAUAAGAUGUUCUAUGAGUUUGCGGGCAUCCAGUGGGCGUGUAUCUUUCUAGGCCUGCCCUUGUACUUUUUCGGGCCGACGCUGCGAGCUCGUGUCGACAGGUUGCUUUAG